AUGGAGACGACAAUGAACUACAUCGCCCGAAGCCCCAUAUUCGAGACUGAGAAGGCAUUUGAUACAGACUUCCCGGUGGACAACAUCGAAGGCGCCCGCACAGUCAUCGUUCACCCUAUCCAAGAUCCCACUUACUGGGACCUCGACGUUCAUGGGUUUUGCAUCCUCAAGGAAAAGACAAACCUCGAUCCCCAGGAUGCAUUUUCAAGAAAACGAGAAGUCCAGGAAGACUAUUGGUUUGAAAUCGAGGCCAUCCUCCAUGAGGCGUUCCCGCGGUACUCAAGGAUAGAGAGCUAUGAUUGCACCGGAGGCGCCUACAUGAACCUUGAGCACGCUUUUCCCCGGCAAAACCAGUUCUGGGAAGGCAAGGAUUUUGACAUCUUGAACGUUUGGCGUCCCCUGGUUGGGCCUUGUGACGACUGGCCGCUGGCAUUGUGUGAUUGGACAACCAUCGAUCCCGAAGCCGACAUCCUGCUGAACGACGCCUUGAGACGCGACCGAGUCGACGAGAACUCUCUACUUCACUUCAACCCGGCCCAUAGAUGGCAUUACAUUGACAAGCAGGGUACGGAUGACCUCCUUGUCUUUCGAAACGCGGAUUCCACGGGAAGGCGGGCCCGCGGCUUUCAUUGCUCGGUGCCCAACCCAAACGCGACCUCUGAGCCACGGCAGAGCGUCGAGGUCAGGCUCGUUGCGUUUUACUGA